AUGAACUUCCCCGACGAUUGGCAGAACUACCCGGUGAACGGUGUACCAAACCCUGCACUGGGUGCUUGGAGCAGUGGUCUUUAUAAUACAUCAGGCCAGUCAAGUAACACUUUGAUAAAUAACAUGAUGCCAACACAGCCUACAUAUGCAUUCUCGCAGCAUGAGAUUCCUCGAUACCAGCAUCCCAUAAUUCUUCCUCCGCCUCAAAGUGAGCAGCAAGUCAAUGAAGCCAUCAACCAAGAUAACGACCAAAACCGAGACGCAGUCUGGGUGGAAGACCAGAGCCACGAUCAAUUACAACCAAAACCUGCUCCCUUGUCAGAAUUCCCCGGAUCUGCAUUCAAUAAAGCUCGGCAUGUAUAUGUCAGUCAUGUACCAAAGCUUAUGGCAGACGAGGAGAUCGAACAAUCUCGUGGUUUCGAACGUUAUCGUCUCCAUUCCAUCAGGUUCGAGCUUUCUCAAGGAGAUGUCCUUGUCUUCAUCGACUGCCCUGAUUACCACAAAGAAGCCAUCACUCAUACCGACUGCAAUGGCCUAAUUUACAAGUCACAGCAAUUCCGUGUCCACUCCAAAAAGCUCUUGGAGACCAAUUCUUCUGCAUUCGAGGAGAUGCUUAGACCUGCGUAUCAGUUCAGGAUACAGAGGCGCCGCAAGAUGGUCAACAAGAUGCCUGAAGGCAUCAAGUAUGUGCUAGACCUGACACCACCUUCGGAAGGAGACGAACUGGUAUUCCAAAUGACCGAGCUAUCCUUGACUCCCGCGCUUAUCAAGUGGUGGAAGUCAUCCACCGAGAAUGAUACCGAUGUGAGCUUGGUUUCGGGCCAUGACGAUGUUUGUUUGUGUAACAGACAGCCCAUGUCACCAGAAAGCGACGAACGCGAGGGAGACAUACUAAGCCCUGGCCAAGGACUUACCGAGAACUCUGACAGAGCGAAUACCAGACUGAACAGAGGGAAUCGUUCACGGGAGAAACAGUUACCUGGGACCAAUAUUGAAACUGCUCUGCAGAUGAAAGCUAGAGGCGAGAACGAAUCCAUCCCAACCCCUGCGUAUCGACGCACCCCGGAUUACUGUCCAAUUCGCCAUCGUAAUGGAAUCAUUAGGCUACUCAUGCUGAUCGAAGGUAAAGGAGUUAUCAUUGACUCGGCACCACGCAUGUGGACUCUGGUCAAGCUUGGCAACAUCUUCGACUGUAGUUCUCUCCUCCGGGAUCGCGUCACCCAAUGGAUCAUGCAUGGCUCCAAUACCACUUUUGUCGAAGUGGCGCCUGAAGAAGCUUUGCAGAUUGCAUUCUCCCUUAAGAUCCCUCAGAUUGCUGAAAGUGCUUUCAAGAUUCUUGUCAAUGAACUUGCGCUCAAGCUGGCUGGCGAAGCUGAACCGCAUCAGAAUUAUAAAUACACAACAAUAUUUGGUCGAAGACUGGGGAACCUUCCCGAUGAACUCAGCAACCUAGUACAGCAUGCAGCUCAGGCAUUGAUUGGGAGGGUUUCAGAUAUAGACAAGAUGAUGCGCAAUCCUUGCCUGUAUGACUUCUGGGACAUUGACGAGUGGAAUGAGAUGCGAGUGAUUGAGCAGCUUCUCGCGCGAGAAAACUCAGAACUCGCAAUUGAGGCACUCGCCGCCCUUCACUCCCUUAUGGAUAACUUGAUCGCUGAGGUCGCUCACGCGUGGGAAAUCCACAUAUCGAUUCCGGCUUGUCAGCACUUGUCAUAUCAAAGCAUUGAUCAAGACCGUUUGACAUACGUGGCACCACAGGACUUUGAGAAGACGACUAUGAUAAUGUGCAAGUUCAACUCAACCCAAAUGCUACUCUGUGCUUCUCCGUAUAACGAGGUCGGUGUGGAUCUCGAUGCUCGGAGAUGGUGUUCCAGUCGAUGCAGACUGGCUGGUUACCAGCACCAAACAUACAGCGAUCUGGUGCAAAAGGCAACGAUAGCAGUGAGUGCCUUUCUCGCUUCGGAUCCAAGGCUUCGGGAUGAUGAACUCUGGAUGCGUACUCUUGAGCUCAAGGAUUCCGCAUUCCCAACAAGGAGAGAUGUUUCUCAAUUCAACAGACCGAUCGUGUCUCUCCCUCAUCUCGAAGCUGAAGUCAAGGAUCGACUUCGUCUGGUCACACUCUCAUGGGAACGCCGUAAUUUUGAACCACCGCUCAAUAUCACCAGGCAUCUUCUACUCACCUUGACAGACAACGAGCUUAAAUAUCUUCCAUUAUGGUGUGGAGGAUGCGACGAUGGCACGGGUGGUGUCUUCGAGGAUCUCAUUCCUUCCACAGACAUGGGGCCCAAGGGGCCAGGGCCAGGCUUUCACACGGGACAAACAAUUCCUUCAGCACCUGCAAGUAUAAGUGGUUCUAUGAUAGAAGACAUGGAUGCACUGCGAGUUUGGGGUAGCACGACAGGUGCUUCGAUAAAUGUUCAUGACAGCAUUUCAACUGUCUAUCGGUCAGACCAGGUCAUCGCCGAAGACAAAUCUAUAGUUUCGGAGUCCUUCACCGCUGGUGGAUCUGAGUACGCAGAUGUCAGAUUUGCCCUACCGGCAGGCCAUCAAGAAAUGGGCGAAGUAGUCAACAUGUUGGUCGAGACGAUAGAUGAGUCCACAGAUUCGGAGUCGAAGUCUGCUACUGAAGGUCGAAGCGCAGUUGGUAACAGCAGUGAUGACGACGAUGAUAUAUAUAUGUGGGAUGGUGAUAGCGACAGCGAAGGCAGUACGCGCACACUCUCUUAA